CGCAGAAGGGACAACGCACCAUGGAGAUGGCCGCCGCAGCGGCUGCGUCCCCGGCGACAACGGCGACCCCCAUGCACGAUAGAACGAGUAGAAACACACGGGUAUCGACCACAACGGCGUCGUCGACAGCAACAUCGCCCGCGCACGCCGAUCGAGGGGCAACAGAACAAGAAUCGUCUCAACGCUCGACUUUAGCACAGCAAGCCGACCGAAUCAAGAACAUGCUGCGCGGGAUUCCAACAACGAAGAAUGGUCCACCAGAUGCGGCGCGACUGGCGCAGAAGAUGCAGCACUACUCGACGAUGCGUGUGCACAUGAAGCGGGUGCAGUUCGCGUUGGAAGAAGAAAAACGUAAUUCAUUCUACAAGGAACUGCUCGUGUACCUGCUCUUCUUGGCGAUCAUGAUGACGACGGUGUGCACGCUGCCGAUUCAAGUCCCGUUCGAGCACAACGACGCCCUUGCCCAAGCGUACUUGGACCAAGAGUUCAACAACGUGAGCUUCAAGAAGAACUUUUACGAAGUCGACGGUCUCGACGAAAUGUGGCAGUGGUUCAACGACGUCCUCCUCGACACGUACUACCACCCGACGGAACUGAACGUCCGCCGCAUCUCGAGCGUCCAGAUCCGAUCUGGUCGGAUGCAAGGCCUCCCGUGCGAACUUGUCGACACCGACACGACGUUGUCGCUCUUCCCCGACGAACUGUGUUACCCCGCAUUCUCAUUGCAAGAAGAAGACACGUCCCCCUACUUUGCCCAUGUCCCAGACCAACCCAAACUCAUCACGUACGAGAAAGACCUGUCACUGCUCGUGCGAUCGCUACUCUUCACGCCCAGCAUCAUCAAUGCGCGCAUGAACUAUGGCACUGGUGGAUAUACUGCGUACCUACCUCGGGACAACGCGGCCGCCGGUACGGCAGUGCUGGAAGCGGUGCAAGAUGCGCUCGUGCUGCCCAGCACACGAUACGUGGCUGCGACCUGGGCGUUGUACAACCCGAGCUCGGCGGUGUUUACGCACAUCCAAGUCAUGUUUGAGAUAUCGUCAACCGACCACAUCGAGCUCACGCAGCGCCUCAUGAGCUUCCGCGUGCUCGGGUACCGCAACGUGAUGGCAUUUCUGUCGCUCGAGAAUAUCCUGAUGCUGUUUCUGGCCGUCGUGACCGUCAUGUUCACCGUGCGCGAAGUCCAAUCGUGCUCUGUGAUGGGCCUCCACAAGUACACGGAAUCGAUGUGGAAUGCCGUCGACAUGCUCCAGCUCGGGUGUCUCUAUGCUCUCGUCUUCACCUGGUUCCGAUACCUCUAUCUGUGCCACGACAUAAUCCCGACCCUUGAACGCAUCGUUCGCCAUCGCACGUGCAGCACCAUUGACAGCGGCCGCGAUUGCUUUGUCGAUAUGGGCCACAUCGGACUCGUCGUCCAAGACGUGACCAACAUGUCCGCGUGCGUUGCGCUUGUGAGCGUCGCGAUCGUGUUCAAGUACCUUCGAUUGAACACGCGGUUGAACAUGCUCUGGACGACGCUGCGACUCGCGGCCAAGGACCUGAUUGCGUUUGUCGUGAUCUUUGUCUUUAUCUUUUUUGGGUACGCUGUCAUGGGGUUCCUGCUCUUUGGGACGCACGUGCGCGAGUACCGGAGCUUGACGGGGAGUUUAGCGUCGUGCUUUCAAAUGCUCCUGGGUGCGUUCGACUUUACCACGUUGUCCGAGGCCAACCCGGUCAUGUCGGGGCUCUUUUUCUUUUCGUUCAUGAUUUUUGUGUUUUUGAUCGUGGUCAACAUGUUCAUUGCGAUUCUGAGCGAGUACUACUCAAUCGCGCAAGACGAGAAGCGGUCUGCGGAAGCGGCACGGAAGGAUCUGCUCCAUGCCAACAAGGCGGGCGGCGACACGGGUGACAUUGUGUCCCGCCAAAAGUUCGACCGCAUUGAGUACGACGUCGUGAACCAGCUCACCAAGUACUGGACCGACCUCACGUGGCGCGUGCGUCUGACGAGUAAGGAGCCCGUCCCGCUCACCGGUGGCGCGUGCGUCCUGCUCGUCGACUACUCUUACCUGCAAGCGGAGCGGUCUCGACUCGCCAACAAGUUCCGCGCCGCCAUUCGUGUCAUCCGCAUCUGCCUCGCGUUCAUCCGGCCACUGCGGAAAUUCUUCGAAGACUUUGACGCGUCCCAUGUUGCGUCGUCGCUCUUUCCCAAAGGAAAAACAAGGAGUACGCUGCGCAGCAAGUCGUCCCACCACUUGGACUACCGCAAGUUUCCAGUCGUGUAUGUGCCGCUCUACUCCAAAGCGGCGAACCCGCUCACCAUGAUCGACCAACUCAAGCCCGGCGAUCAUCUUGAACUCGACGACGGGUCCCUCACAUUCGACCGCAUCUACCUCCAAGUGAUGGGCGACCAAGACUUGUAUUUAGCCGACGGCGUCGCAGACCCGUCCACGUUACGCACCGAGUUUGGCUUGCACCAUGCCCAUCCAGCCGUCGGCGGCAGCGGCAGUCAUAUCAAGUGCUGCCGUGUUGUGUACCAGGGCGAGAUCAUUCUGGCCGGCCAUGAAACGUGCGUCGUGCCAAAGCGGAUUUGGGUCAAAUAUUUUGCGUCGACGGUGUGGCGCAGUAUUCGCCAGGUCUUUUCCGUAUCGUACUGGCUGACGCAACCAAAGAAGGGACGGAAUUUUGUCAUUUCUGACGACGACAUUGCUCAGUUGCUCGAAGCCCAACUCAGCAACGACCAAGGACGAGGCCACAGCUGCCGGUUUGACGAGCUCGUGCGGCAGUUUCGACUGUUUUUGGCAAAGAAAGCCCGCCAAGGGACAAUCCGAGUGCCUCACCACGACCUCGAAACAUGCGUCAAGCGCGAAGCGAUUGCGUUCGUCGAGCGGUUUGACAAGGCGCUUCUUCCACUGGACGCCCGCGAACUCAACGGGUACAAGUACACCCCCGCUCCCACCGACACGUCGACGAUUCGACUGCCCAACUCGAUCGCGCGACUGUCCGAGUUUCUCGCGCACAAUGCGCAUGAAGUGUGGUCCCAGGGGCGCAUUGCCCAAGGCUGGCGGUACGGUCCCCAACGAGACAAUGAGCUCAAACUGCACCCUGAUCUGGUCGCGUACGAUCAAUUGUCCGAGGGAGCGAAAGCUUACGACCGAGAUACCUCUAUCGAAGCGCUCAAGGUGAUUCAAGCACUUGGUUACGUCAUGCACCCAAACCACCACUCGAGCAGCGGCAGUGGCGGCGGUGGCCUGCCAUCGUCUUCGAGCAUGGAGCAGUCGACGCGUCGGAUGUUUAGCAGCCAGUCGUCGUCCUUUAUGGAUAUUGAUGUGGACUUUGGGGUUGCCGUUGCAGACGGCGAGACGUACAAACCCCAACCCAUCAUGACGGACGAUAUCACGCUGUCGCCAGAGCUGAAUUCGCUCGUCGAACUGCUCGCGGAAAACACGCACGACGUGUGGGCGAAGAAGCGGAUGGAGGAAGGGUGGGUAUACGGCCCCAAGCGCAACGACAUGAAGAAGGAGCACGACGGCCUCGUUCCGUACGUGUACUUGACGUCGGAUGAAAAAGACAUGGACCGGAACACGGCGGUCCAAACGAUCAAGUGCAUCCUCCGGUGUGGGUUUACCAUCACCCACGGCAAGCACCCCGGCAACGGCACAGCCAAGUUCAAACUGUUUGGGCGGUCGGAAGAUGUUCAGAUGCCGCACAUGGAAGAUGCCACGACGGUCGCGAUGAACAUUCAACGGGCCAAGCAGGCCUUCAUGGGCCGAAGAGGGCACAAAACGUACGGCUCCGUCACGUUUGCCGACAAGUCUGGUGUCCCGACGCCUCCAUUGACCCCCCACAUCAUUCGAGCGUCGUCGGUGGAAUUGCCUCCGACGACUGCAACGACACCUCUGACAACAUCGCCGAGUCGGCUGCGCAGUGCGGUGCGUCGGGCACCGUCGCUGCCACCAACGUUGUCCCCUGCCAGUGUCUCCUUUGCCCCAUCGCCACCGUCGAGCCAUGCCGGAGAAAGUCAUCCGCCCCCAUCGCUGUCGUCGAGCAACGUCGGCGAACGCAAUUCGACACCUUCCGCGACAGCCCCCGACGACGUGCUCAUUGAAAUUGAACCAUAGGUCCAAGGUAGGUCGAGGUUGUGUUAAAUGCAGAUGUAAAUCGAGGCCAGGAGCAACGGGUUCUUCUUGGCGGCUUCCAAGUAUUCUUCCUUGCUCAUGGCCCAUCGAGCCAAAGCUACACCACAACCAGGUCAACCCGACGAAUCGACGGUCCGCAUCACGGCAGACGACAUCCUAAUACCUGGAGCAAACGACGCUGCUGAGUUCCUCCCGCGUGAUUUCGCCGUCGCAAUCGUAGUCGAAGAAUCGAAAGUAGAAUCGCGAACACGCUUCGUCGUGGGUCGUGUCGACGACAAGCAUCCUACGUCGCCACGAUCAAGCGCCACGGCAAGUGCCACGGAGCACGCACCGCAACAUGCCGGCCAAGUCUCGAAUAAAGUCGCGGCAAUUGGCCUUGCCUCGAUUUUCUAGUGCCGACGCUUCAGGCAUGCCACCGACAGCGCAGACGUACUUGGAUCUGCUGGCGCUUGCUGCGGAACGUACGCCUUGAACAGGUCCUGCAGCGUGUGGCCGUCCUCGGCUUGCGGCUCGUGGAGGUACUCGAACAUGAUAUUGUGGAACUGGGCGCUCGUGAGGGGGGCGGCCACCGCUUCGUAUGGCGCCGGGUCGGCUUGGUUAGUCUUGACAAGCCAUGCUCGAUCAUGCGCAGCCGCGUCGCGGUCAAGUCUCGUUGCGUCGUUCACGUCUUCCAAGAUCGACAGCAUCACGCUCCAGUCCAGUUUGAGGCGCUCCGUGAUACACCGCAGACUCUGCGACCCGUGAGCACAUGAAAACGAUCGAGGCCGGACCUGGCGCAACUGAAAGUUCGUGUGGCGGUUGAACGUGAGCGGCUUGCUCAGCGCUUCCAGCACGAGGGGCUCGACGGACGCCGCUUGCACAAACUCGUCUUCCGUAAUCUACGUCCAGCGCGGGUGGGUCGCCACAAACGAGCCAACACUACGCACCACGGCGUCGCCGUUCGUGUCGACGUGUGCAAAGUAGUCGUCGAUGUAAAUGGCCUACAGAAAGAAGAGCAUCACGUGCACGACGCGUGCGGAGGCACCGACCAGUUGGGACAUCUUUUCUUGGCCGCCAUUGAGGAUGAGCACCAAUUCCGAGAUCGAGAUCGUGCC